AUGAGCAACCUCCUCGACUACAUCCUCAACCACGAGGAUGCAUUUCGCCGAAACCGCCUCCCAUCUCUCUACUCCGACUUCACUCUCCAGAAGAAAACAAACCCCGACGGCUACGCCGUCAACGUCGCCGCCUGGGAACAAGCACUGAACCGUGCCGCCAAGCGCGGAUAUACUUCUUCGCGCGGUGUGCGUGUGCGCUCCGGCUCCGGCUCUUCCUACAAGAAGGAAUCCCUCCCGAAACGAAAGAAGACCGACCACCUUAUCCUGCGGACGGACGAGUCGCUGCUGCGGGAUCUGGAACUGCCGGAGUGGGGGAGGCCGGUGGCGCUGGGAACUGUUUUUGAUGAGGCAAUGCGCAAACGCUCGAUGGUUCCGUUGCCGGUCUACAAGAGCAGCGCGGGCAGUUUGCAGAAGAGUCAGUGGAGGGUCAUUGAUCCCGGGGCGCUGAGUCCGUGGAAUGUGAUGAGCUGGGGCAUUCGACAAUUAAAGGGCUUCGUGGUGGGAUCGGAGGCCGGCGAGUCUGCGCCCAGAUUGCAAAUACAGGAAUUGGUCUUGGUGGGGAAUCUGCAGGUAUGGAUCUCGUUUCGAGCAAGGGAACAGGGACACUUUUCGUCUGGAUACUCGAGUUCUGACCACUUGCGCGCAUUGCAACAGGAGGCAGCCGAUCUGGUCGUUAAGAAGGCGACGGGUCACAACUCGUCGAAGAUGGAUCUUAUAUACUCCAAAGAGAGUUUCGUUGAGGACUUCGCAACUAUACUACACGACGUGACGGAACUCUCAGAUGCCGAUUUCGAUGUUUUAUUGCUCUAUUUAUCCCGCGACAGCGGGUCUAUUGCGUAUGAUGGCAAGAUAUUGACCAAAAGGAACUACCAGACCAUUAAGUUUAAGUCCUCAAAUGAAGCUGCGGAAAUCACGCAGCAGGACAAAACCAUCGCCUCGAUCAAGACGCUCCUAUCGACGGUUUCAAAGCAAGCCACGACCCUGGAGACGAAGAUUGCCGAACUAACCACAUCGGCGAAGACGGCACUCGCAAACAAGAACCGUGUCUCGGCGCUGUCAGCUGUUCGAUCCAAGAAGCUGGCAGAACAUAAUCUGAAGCAGAGACUGGACACUCUCACGCAACUCGAAGAGGUUUAUAUGAAGAUCGAGCAGGCUGCAGGCCAGAUCGAGAUGGUCCAGGUCAUGGAGGCAAGCACAGGUGUUCUUCGUGGCCUACGUGCUCAGAUCGGCGGCGCGGAGAGAGUCGAGGACGUGGUUGAGGAACUGCGCGAGGAAAUGACCAAGGUCGACGAGGUCGGAAAUAUCAUGGAUGAGGCGGGCCCGGUCAUUGACGAGGGAGAGAUUGAUGACGAGCUCGAAGCAUUGGAGAAGACCGACCGGGAGGCAAAGGAGGAGGAACAAGCGGCAGAAACGGAGAAGAGGCUCGCCGAGCUGGACAGCCUCAAGCAGGCCUCCGACCAAGCUGCUCGCCAGGCACAAGCGGGGAAAGAUGUGGACUCGGACCUCGCUGAAAGCAUCGGCAAGCUCUCGAACAUGUCAGUGGAGGACCCCAUGUCAGCGAAAUAA